AUGGGGCGUGAAGGAAGGGCGUUUGCAGAUGGUGCUCAACACCUUGGUGUUCUUCUUGACGCCAUGUUGGGAGUUGGAGUGGCAGCUGAUGGUGAGUCAAAAAAGGAUUUGGGUAGUGUCAUGAAAAUGGCGAUUAUGUCAGAUGGAGAGUUAAUCCCAGUACGGCGGAGCAAACGGAAUGCGGAGGUGGCUGAUGUGGACUCUCGGGAGAAGGCAGAAAGAAGAGUUACCAUCAAGAAUCUCGAGGAACCCCAAGAGAAACUUAUUGUCCUGCUAAGAGAUGGACGGAAACUGCUUGGCACCCUCUGCUCAUUUGAUCAGUUUGCCAAUGUUGUUCUUCAGGGUGCUUGUGAACGAGUGAUUGUAGGGGAACAAUAUUGUGAUGUUCCUCUUGGUCUGUACGUAAUCCGGGGAGAGAACGUUGUUUUAAUUGGAGAAUUGGAUCGUGAAAAGGAUGAGCUCCCUGCUCACAUGACCUGUGUUUCAGAAGCAGAAAUAAGAAAGGCUGAAAAGGCAGAACGGGAAGCCAGAGAUCUGAAAGGCACGAUGAGGAAACGGAUGGAGUUCCUAGACUUCGAUUAA